CACGAACGAAACAGUUCGUCUUCGAUCUUCGUCGACGAUGUUUAUCUUAUUAUAACGCGAACAAUAUAUUUCAAUAACAAAGACCUUGCCAGCGAUGACACAGAUUAAACAAACUAAAGUGUGAACUGAAAACGUAAAUUUUCAAAUAUCCCUCCAUUUUGUUGCGCAGGCGUGCCAACCGCGCUGUGAUUGGUCGUGUUUUGGAACGUUCAAAAUACAACAUGAGUGAGUUAAACAGUGUCAGUCGAUCUGCGUGCAAUAGCAAAGGUAGCAUGAUUGUUGUUUCGAACAGAUUGCCAUUUGUUUUGAAAAGGAAUGAGAAAACCGGUGAAUUGGAGCGGAAAGCCAGCGCCGGUGGGCUGGUAACCGCGGUCGCGCCCGUGGUGAUCCGCGGCAAUGGGAUCUGGGUGGGUUGGCCUGGGAUCCACCUAGACAACCCGAAUGAGAAGAUCCCUGAAUCGGAUCCUAAUGAUAAAACACCUACAGCUGGAUUGCGCUCUGAUAAGAUAGUAGCAAUCCACGCUGAGCCCAAACUCUUCGACAGCUACUACAACGGCUGCUGCAAUGGCACCUUCUGGCCGCUCUUCCACUCCAUGCCAGACCGAGCCACCUUCAUCGCAGACCACUGGCAUGCGUAUGUCAAGAUCAAUAAAGAAUUCGCCGAGAAGACUAUCUAUGCCCUGAAGUUAUUGAAUCAGAGUAAAGAGAAAAAUGGCUCGCCUCCUAUCAUUUGGGUGCAUGAUUACCACCUUAUGCUGGCUGCGAAUUGGAUUAGAGAGCGCGCUGAAGAGGACGAGAUUAAAUGUAAAUUGGCGUUCUUCCUCCACAUUCCGUUCCCUCCAUGGGAUAUCUUCAGGCUUUUCCCUUGGUCCGACGAGGUGCUGCAAGGCAUUUUAGGUUGUGACAUGGUCGGUUUCCACAUAACUGACUACUGCUUGAACUUCAUAGACUGUUGCCAAAGGAACCUCGGUUGUCGUGUCGACCGCAAGAAUCUACUAGUAGAAUUGGGAGGACGUACAAUUUGCGUCCGACCCCUACCUAUAGGCGUUCCCUACGAUAGAUUUGUCGCUUUAGCUCAAAACGCAAAGCCAGUGCUGUCGACCAGCCAAAAAGUCAUCCUAGGAGUCGAUAGACUGGACUACACGAAAGGUCUAGUCCACAGAUUGAAAGCUUUUGAAAGGCUUUUAGAGAAACAUCCGGAACACAUAGAGAAAGUUGUGUUGUUGCAAAUUUCGGUGCCAUCCAGAACGGAUGUGAAGGAAUACCAGGAUUUGAAAGAAGAGAUGGAUCAGUUAGUGGGCAGGAUUAAUGGCAGAUUCACUACUCCUAAUUGGUCACCCAUUAGAUAUAUUUACGGUUGCGUAGGUCAAGAGGAGCUAGCAGCUUUCUACAGAGAUGCAGCUAUAGCCCUCGUGACACCUCUCCGAGAUGGCAUGAACCUCGUAGCCAAAGAGUUCGUCGCGUGUCAAAUUAACAGCCCUCCAGGAGUUCUGAUCGUGUCUCCGUUUGCUGGAGCCGGGGAGAUGAUGCACGAAGCUCUGAUCUGCAAUCCGUAUGAGAUAGAUGAUGCAGCUGAAGUUAUUCAUAGGGCUCUAAUAAUGCCAGAGGACGAGCGUACAGUCCGCAUGAACCACCUGCGGCGACGCGAGCAGCUCAACGACGUGGACAGCUGGAUGAAGGCCUUCCUUAAAGCGAUGGACUCGCUUGAAGAAGAGGCUGAUGAUAUUGGCGCUACUUCUAUGCAGCCAGUCACUAUUGAUGACUUCGACGAAUAUUUGUCCAAAUACAUUGGCUACACCCAGAAGCUGGCUCUCCUACUGGACUACGACGGCACGCUCGCGCCGAUAGCCCCACACCCCGACCUGGCCACACUGCCUCUUGAGACCAAGCACACGCUACAGCGGCUUUCGAAUAUGUCCGACGUGUAUAUUGCCAUUAUAUCUGGACGUAACGUCAACAACGUUAAGGAAAUGGUCGGUAUCGAAGGCAUCACAUACGCCGGUAACCACGGUCUGGAGAUCUUACAUCCAGACGGUAGCAAAUUCGUCCAUCCCAUGCCGAUGGAGUUGCAGGACAAAGUUGUAGAACUACUUAAGUCCCUGCAAGAACAGGUAUGCAAAGACGGCGCAUGGGUAGAGAACAAGGGGGCUCUCCUAACCUUCCACUUCCGCGAGACUCCGAUGGCGAAACGCAAAGCGCUAGCGGAGACCGCGCGGCGGCUGAUCACCGCGGCCGGCUUCACGCCCGCGCCCGCGCAUUGUGCCAUCGAGGCGCGCCCGCCCGUGCAGUGGAAUAAGGGUCGAGCAUCAAUUUACAUUCUAAGAACAGCAUUCGGCUUGGACUGGAGCGAAAGAAUAAGAAUCAUAUACGCCGGUGAUGACAACACUGAUGAAGACGCCAUGUUGGCGCUCAAAGGUAUGGCAGCUACAUUCCGCAUAGCGUCAUCCAACAUCAUCAAAACAUCAGCGGAACGUCGUCUAUCUUCCACCGACUCCGUUUUAGCCAUGCUCAAAUGGGUAGAAAGACAUUUCUCCAGACGCAAGCCCAGGGCUAAUUCCCUAACCUACAAGAGCGCUAGAAUAGCUCGAGACACAAUACAAAUGCACGUUUCCUACCAACUCCCCUCUAGAUCCCCGAGAAACACCCCGCCACGUACUCCCGAUAAAUUCUCGGACAAAUCCAACUCUAGCGGUUCUGAAUCGAGUUAAAUUUAAUCUAUGUGUCGAGUAAUGUACCUAAAUGUCUUUGAUUCUAUAUUAUACAUCUUUGUGUAAUUGGUGUUUAAAUUACGGGGUUAUUGAUAAACUUCGAGAACUUUUCUUUAAAAGUACAUUAACAAGUAUAAACUAUUUAAUAGCACUUUAAGUUUAUUUAAAGGAAUCGAAAAUAAAAAUUACAAACAAGACAUUCACAUACGAUUCUAAAUUCGCAAUUGCCCUAAUGAAUUGAAACGAAAUUCUUAAUUCAUUGUAGCUUAUGAAUAGAUGUAAUAAUGUAAACAACUUUUAUUUCAAAUUUAAUAUCUAGUAUCAAAAAUAUAUCUAUUAAAUAUUACCAAACAACAUAUUUAUUCGACUAUUUAAGUUCUAACGUAUUCCACAUUGGGCAUUACGUUACUCAUAAGUAAUAUUAGUCUUAUUUAUGUGAUAAAGUAGUGAUAAUUAAUAGCUUUAAAUGAAGGCAACUUCAUUGCAACAUGACAACGUAGUCAUAUACCCUAGAAAUCACGAACCAAUUUUUUUAUCCAUAUCAAAAUUGACCUUUUGAACAUUGUAACUUUUGAUAUCUUUCUACAGAAAUUUGUAACUUUUAUAGAGGGCGCUUUAUCGCGCUAGAUUUUUCUUUUUCUAAAAAAAAUUCGUCACUCUAAUGUUGUCUGCAAGACAGUUUAAGUUCCUAUGAAACUAUCGAUAUACCAAUACUCUUUCGAUUAACAUUAUACUAAUGUAUUUGAUAAUCUUAUAUCUCACGCAAUUUAAUCGUGUCUGCACAAAGUUCUUGCAAUUAUUUAUGUAAUAUGUACUUCAAACAUUUUGAUGUAUUUGUAUGAGUGUCUAAAAUAACUAGUCUAAAUGUAAAGUAGAAUAUCUCGGUUUCCAUAACUUAUGUAUUUUAGAUACAAUUUAUGUUUUGUAUAUUAGAAAUAAAAUUAUGCAACAGACGGAAAA